AUGCACUCACUUCGCGCUCUUGGCAUUGGCUUGUUGGCCGGCUCUGGCUCUGCGCUUUGCACCAGCCGCUCCUAUGACAACGGCACAACGGUUGGUGACAACAGCACUACUCCAGUGGCUGUGACCAAAAACGGAACCUACUAUGGCGUUCAUUCGUCCCAAUGGCACCAGGAUUACUUCCGUGGCAUCCCGUAUGCGCAACCUCCAGUAGGAGACUUGCGCUUCCGUAACCCUCAACCGCUCAACACGUCUUGGGAAGGGCAAAGGAAUGCUACAGAAUAUGGCCACAUGUGCUAUGGAUACGGCGCCACCCAAUUCGUGCUGGGAGAAGACGUGUCGGAAGACUGUCUGACCCUCAACAUUCAACGCGCCUCCAACGUGUCCGCUUCCAAGGGUCUGCUCCCUGUUGCCGUGUACAUACACGGCGGUCUCUUCAAGCACGGCACCGGCAGAGACCCCCGAUACGACCCGACCUCACUUCUCUAA